AUGGUGGCCCAAGACAAGAACAAAAGAUGGUCGUUGUUAGGUAGGCUGAGGACGGCGGUGAAGAAGGUUACAUUCCUCUUAAACCUCGAUAUAAACCGGUGGUAUAUUGUCUCCUCCUUGAUCGGUGGUCGUCGUACUUUGAGCAGCCGGCGGCUGAGUUUCAAUGAACGACUUGGGUUAACAUCGAUCGUCUCCUCCCCCGCACAUGAUGAAUAUUAUAGCACCUGGGCUUCUCCUUACACAGCGACUUCUUCUUCUCAGAUAUCACCAGAGCAAGGUGAGCUACAGCUACAAAAGACUCAAAGCUUUCCUUUGCAAAGAACCACAAGUUUCCCAGAAGAAGAUGAUAUUGAUAGGAGAGCUGAGAUGUUUAUAACGAAUUUUAAACGACAAUUACGGAUGGAAAGACAAGUGUCUUUGGAGCUGAGGUACAGAAGAGACAAUAGCUUUGAAUCAUCGAAUACUAUUUCACCAUGA